CCUUUCAGUUUUGAUGUGAGGAGGUCAAAGUUCACCAGCUCGCCUCUCAAAAUGGCGGCUGAACCAACACGGGAGUGGAGCGAGGAGCAGCUCAAAAGUGAUGAUUUGCCCAAAAAAGACAUUAUAAAGUUCAUUCAGGACAAUGCAGCUCACUCGUUCCUCAAUGAGCACAAGCUGCUGGGAAACAUAAAAAACGUCGCCAAGACGGCAAAGAAAGAGCAACUGAUUGUUGCCUACAAUCAGCUCUUUGAGAGCAAAAGGUUUAAAGGCACGGAGCCCGUGGAAGAAGUGACAGAGCAGGUUAAAGCUGUGAAAAUAGACGAGAAACCCAAAGAAGUUAAGGCCGAAGUCGUGGAUGAGGGGCCUCCAAAGUUCACCAAGUCAGUGCUGAAGAAGGGCGACAAGACAAACUUCCCUAAGAAGGGUGAUAAUGUCAGCUGCUGGUACACGGGCACCUUGGAGGAUGGAACCGUCUUUGACACCAAUAUCCCUGCAUUGGCGAGAAAGAAGAGGCAGACUAAGCCACUGACCUUCAAAGUUGGUUUGGGCAGAGUCAUCAGAGGAUGGGACGAGGGACUUCUCACGAUGAGCAAGGGUGAAACGGCUCGAUUGGAGAUUGAACCAGAAUGGGCCUAUGGUAGGAAGGGCCUCCCUGACAGCAAAAUUCCACCCAAUGCCAAGCUGAUCUUUGAGGUUGAGCUGGUGGCUGUGGAUUAAGUGACAAACACUGGCCAGCAUGCACUACAUUUCAAGAGUAGACAGGCGUAUCUAAAGGCCUUGCUGUAAAGAUUGAAGUUAACAUGUCUCUUGGAUUGCAUUGCGCCCACUUCCCAGUUUUGUUUUUUGUUCCGUCAAACAAACCCGACUGGACCAACAGCGAUGACCAGUCAUUAAAGUGUUCUGAGUUUCCAAAAUGGGAUGGCUUGUCAAUAAUGUACAUAUCAGAGACCAUGAAACUAACUGAUGUUUUGUUCAGUUCUUUUGCAUGUACACUGUAAAUGAAAAAUAAACCUGUUCCAGUCACUGA